GUUCAGUCCGAGAGAACGAGCACUCGAGAGGGGGAAGUGACACAGACCGAUUUGAGACACCCAGCAGAGAGAGAAACGGCAGCGACAGGGCGGGGGUCCUUCCUGAGCCUCUGAAACGAAGGACCGUGGAAUAGCCAAGAAGAAUGGCUGUGUGGGACCUGACCGUCGCCGUAGAGGAGCUGGGCCCCGAGGCGCCGCCCCUCAGCAUCAGCGUCACCUCCGACUUGCACAUCGGCGGGGUCAUCCUCAAGAUUGUGGAAAAAACACAGAUGAAGAAGGACUGGUCAGACCACGCUCUCUGGUGGGAGCAGAAGCAGCAGUGGCUCCUGCGGCCCGCCUGGACGCUGGACAAGUGCGGGAUCCACGCGGACGCGCGCCUCACCUUCACCCCCCAGCACAAGCCCCUGCGCCUGGGUCUGCCCAACGGAAUGACCGUGAGGCUGCGGGCGUGUUUCUCGGGGCCCACCUUCCGCACCGUCAUGGGCAUCUGCAAGCUGCUCAGCAUGCGUCACCCGGAGGAGCUGUCGCUCCUCCGUCCAGUGGAAGAGAAAAAGAAGAAGAAAGACAAGGAGGCACAAGAAGAGGUGUACGACCUCACUGGAGUCCCCCUAACCUCAGGUUCGGUUCCCAACCUGUACAACGGUAUGCCAGCCCACUUUGCCGACUCCCCCCAGACCGAAGCGGUGUACAAAAUGCUGUCCAUAAGCCAGCCACCACCUGCCCCUGAGGUCAUCGCUAAAAUGUACCGGCCGGCCAGCGUGGUGGACAAAGCCCAUAUCCACAGCAGGUGGCUGGACUCGUCUCGAUCCCUGAUGCAACAGGGAAUCCAAGAGAAUGACCGACUGUGGCUGCGGUUCAAAUACUACACCUUCCACGAGCUCGAGCCCAAGUAUGAUGCGGUGCGCCUGACCCAACUCUACGAACAAGCUCGAUGGGCCAUCCUGCUCGAGGACAUUGACUGCACAGAGGAGGAGAUGAUGCUAUUCGGGGCCCUACAGUACCACAUAAACAAAGUGUCCCAGUCCGAGCCCCAGGCCAUGAUGUCGUGUCCAGCGAUGGAUGACCUGGACUCUGCCUUGCAGUCGCUGGAGGUCAAAAUGGAAGGAGAGAGCAGCUCCAUGGAUAUGUUGGAAACCAUGACGACCGCUCCAGAGCUGCACGACUACUUGAAGAUAUUCCGACCGAAAAGGUUGACACUGAAAGGCUAUAAGCAGUACUGGUUUGUCUUCAAAGACGCUUCCAUCUCCUACUUCAAGAGCAAAGAGGAAGGUUUCGGAGAGCCCAUUCAGAAGAUGGACCUGAAAGGAUGUGAGGUGGCUGGUGAUGUGAACGUGGCAGGCCAGAAAUUCUGCAUCAAGCUGCUGAUUCCGAGCCCAGAGGGCAUGAACGAAGUCUACCUGCGUUGUGAGAACGAACAGCAGUACUCGCGCUGGAUGGCCGCGUGUCGCCUGGCUGCCAAGGGGAAAAGCCUGGCAGACAGCUCCUUCUCCAGUGAGGUGAAGAACAUCCAGGCUUUUCUGUCCAUGCAGCACUCCAACCCAGGGGCCGCAUCAGCCCAAAAUGAUGAAAACAUCAACACCCACAGUCUCGUCUCCCCCCGAUACCACAAGAAGUACAAGCCCAAGCAGUUAACGCCUCGCAUUCUGGAAGCGUAUCAAAACGUGGCGCAGCUCUCCCUGACAGAUGCCAUCCUACGCUUCCUGCAAAUCUGGCAGGCCCUUCCAGAUUUUGGAGUGUCAUUUUUUGUGGUGAGGUUUAAGGGUAGCCGAAAGGAUGAGGUCCUGGGCAUUGCCCCCAACCGGCUCAUCCGCAUUGACCUGGGUGUUGGAGACGUGGUGAAGACCUGGCGUUACAACAAUAUGAGACAAUGGAAUGUCAACUGGGACAUUCGACAGGUGGCCAUUGAGUUUGACGGCAAUGUGAAUAUAGCCUUCGGCUGUGUGACAGCAGACUGUAAGAUUGUGCACGAAUACAUCGGUGGCUACAUAUUCAUGUCGACCCGCAGCCGUGAGCAAAGCGACACCCUCAACGAAGAGCUCUUUCACAAACUCACUGGGGGACACGAAGCUUUGUGAGACCUGGUUGCUUCGCAAAUACUGAUCCCUGCAUCCUUUGCCAUGACAUCCACUGACUUCCUGUCAAAGUAUUUUAUUCCUUAAGACAGUAUCAGCAUCUCCAGUACCUACUCCUUUGCAGCCAUUGACUUGUUUUAUAAGGAUACUCUUUUAAAAAAAAAAAAAAACACCAAUUCAUUACUGCCUAUUCAUGACUAACAGCUUGUCACUUUCAAUGCUGGAAGAGUAACAUAUCUGAGAUAACGUGCAGUACAUCCAUAUUUGGUAAGAGAAAACCUCACACAACUGAAAGCACAUUUUUAUAAUGUAUUAGAUACCAAAUUCACUUAAAAAUAUACUCUAAUCUCUGAAUAAACAUAAAUUUGGUAAAGUGUUGAUAAUACAAGAACUAAAACUCUGAAAAGUUUGGACUGAAA